AAUUAAACCCGGGAAAGAGAAGGAAACCAAAAAAAGCAGAGGAAGGAGAGAGAAAGCACAAAUAUAGAAGAGGAUAAGCCACACUUUAACACAAAUGAAGUUCCCCUCUCUCUCCAACACACUCAAACUGGCGCUACUUUUUUCUCUCUCCUUCACUUCUACUUCUUCUUCAUUUUCUUCCUCUUUCUCAUCAAACCCUAAAUCAUCGUCAUCAUCUUCAUCCUUACCAUUUUCUAUCUCCUCUCGAUUUCUUCCUGCACGAACUCACAAAGCUACAGUUGCAGACCUUCUCUCUCUCCUCGGUCCUAAAGAUCAAGCUUCCAAGGUUGAUUUUAAUGAAGCGCGAGAUAUUUGGUCUUGCUUCAAAUUCCUUGUUCCUUUUGAUGCGAAAUUAGAGGAUGAUGUUUUGGUCAAACGAAGGUCAAUGAUUAGUGGUGUUGGUCAAAGGAGAGAGAAUGAAGAAAAUGAGUUGAUUUGGUGGCCGCCUACGCCGGUUUUGGAACUCGCUCGGCUUUCUGUUGAUUCUGGUGGUGAUCCUGGUGUUAUUCAUCGUGCUCUAGAUCCGACGAUUAUACCUGUGCCUGAUGUUGAAGGAUCAAAGGAAUGUAGGUGCGAGCUCACUAGAACUCCUUAUGGCUGGAACUUCAUGAAUGAGGAGUUGAAUGCCUACCUUGUUUUCUUAUUUGAAAUGAUUGCUUCCUGCGGUCCAAGUGUGGGACUGAAUGUUUCAUUGAGUCGUUAUGACUUUUUUCAUGGUCACCUCUUUCUUGCCAAAGAUACUGGAAGACUUGGAAUAUUGUUUCAUGCCAAGGAAUACCCAGCCUAUGAGAAAAAAGUCUUCCCAUUGAACAUGGGGUACUGCCAAACAGGAUCUGAUGUAGCUUACGACAGUACAAUGAACUUAAGGAAUAUUCUUUGGUUGGCUCCAAUGCCAAGCAAUUCGAGUAAAGCUUGGGUUGCACCUGGUGUCUUGGUUGUUUUGGAUGCUCGUCCGGAUGGAAUUAUAUACAGAGAUCUCAUACCUGAUUACGUGCAAAUUGCACGGACAUUAUACGAAGAGUUUUUGGGAGAAGUAGCUGUUGAUGUCAACUACCUAGAUGUGGGUAGCAAAUCCCCAGAUUAUCAGAUUUUCCUUUGUUGAUUGUCAUCAAGGUCACAGUGCGUCACACGCCUCAAGAUCAUGACGGAAUGUUGCUUCCCAAUCCUACUCUUUUUGACGAGAAACAGGAACCAAUAUAUUAAGGAAUCAAAACCUUGUCAGCAAGGACAAGGGACAACAAUUCAGGAGGGUGAUCCUCCAUCCACACCCUCAUCUCUUCAUAGGAUAGAGAGAGUUGAGCCAUUGAGUGAGCCACCUUAUUACAAGAACGAUCAGC